CUCUGCAUGCUCUCAUCUCGUCCUGCAGGAAUAGACCCUGUUCCUCCGCCGCUGCAGCCUGACUCCGACACAAGCGGCAUGUCUGCGAACUGAGAGCCGCAAUCCCUCCUCCAAGACGCACUGCUUGCGCUCCUCUCUCGUCGCUUUUUCAGCAGAAGGCACAGGGUCGUUAUCUCGCUGCGACGAGGCUUUUGCUUGUUUUUUUUUUCCUCCCCCCAUUUGGAGGGACAGAGACUUAAAAAGGAGGAUCCAAAACAAAAAAGGACUGUCCCCGAUAACCUCACCACUGAAGGAAGAGAACACAGAACUGCUUCAUCAUGAAUUUUGUAAUGAAAGCUGCGAUGGGAGGAGGUCCUCCUGAUGUGGGCAAGAUGCUGGGCGGGGAGGAGAAGGAGGAGGACCCCGACGCAGCCAAGAAAGAGGAGGAGCGACAGGAGGCGCUCAGGCAGCAGGAGGAGGAGAGGAAGGCCAAAUAUUCCAAGAUGGAGGCUGAGAGGGAAAGCAUGAGGCAAGGGAUCAGAGACAAGUAUGGCUUGAAAAAGCGCGAAGAGGCCGAGGCCGAGGCAGCAGCCGCUGCAGAGGAGUCUGUAGAGGGCAGCUUGACCCGACCCAAGAAAGCCGUGCCGGCCGGCUGCGGCGACGAAGAGGAGGAGGAGAGCAUCAUGGACACAGUGAUGAAAUACCUGCCGGGCCCACUGCAAGACAUGCUGAAGAAGUAGGCUAGCUGGUUAGCUAAUGCUAACGUUACCUUGCUUAGUUCAUAGGCUACAUUCACAAAGUUGCUUUAGAUCCGGGAUUUUUUUUUUCUUCCAUCCAUGUGGCAGAUGUGAACGUUUUUGUUAAUUCUGGCGUGUUGUUUUUAGAGUUCGGACAAACCUAAAGGUUUAUGGCGGGGAAAUGAAUCGGAUGUGAAGCAGCAGUGUAAAUGGCAGCCGUUAGACUAAGCUACGCCGACCCAAUGGCCAGGUGAACGUCAGCUGUGUUACACCACGCAGAGGGGCUGAAAACACAACGUUAGGUGGUUUAGCCUUCUACUCGGAGGCGUUUUAAACCCCCUUUUCUCUCCUCUGCAGAGCUCUCUAUCAGCACUGAAAAAUAAUCCCGUUGUCCACCGUGCUGUUCACUCAAUUUGUACAUAAAUAAAUUAAUACAUAACAAGCCUGAAGGUGGACAAACAAUCAUUAAAUAUUAUAUAAAAUUAUUAUAUUAAUUGUGUGUCUGUCUAAAAAAAAAAAAAAAAAAGGUGUGAUAACUUGAUAAGCCAUAUUUUAAAAAGGAAAUUUAAAGACUACUGUUGUGUGCUCCUAAAGCAACUGUUUUGUGUUGGGCCAUGUCUGAAACUUAUGUAAAACCUUUUGCACACAGUGUUACACGUCCUCCGUCAGAUAUAUUGUCGAGCUCCCUUACGCAUUAGUGUAAUGACAUUCAUGAAGUGUAGUCUUUAAUGUUCGUAUUCCCCUUGUUCAGUGAGUCUCCUUCUUACGUCUUGCAUGCCAUUUGUCUGGACACGUUUGGUGUGUGAAUAUCUACAAACUCAACCCCCCCCCCCCCCCCUUUUAUCCUCUUCUUUAUCAUGCAAAAAAUAUAGGCAAUAACUUCUAAGUUUAAAUGUGUGUUUUCACUUCCAUGCAGAUAUAAUUGUUAAUAAUAUCAGUAAAGACAAAAAUUAUAUGUAGGCAUUCAGGAAAUUUCAUUUACAGGUUUGCAGGGUUUCCUUUUUUGUUGUCUUGUUGUUUUUCGAAUGACCGUACAGCCGUUCAUACAACAGCCAAAACCUUAAGCUUUCAGCCAUAAAAACAGAACUUACAAUAUAUGUGUGUGUGUGUAUAUACAUAUAUAUAUACAUAUAUAUAUAUACAUAUAUAUACAUAUAUGAAUAUAUAUACAUAUAUAUAUACACUAUUACUAUCAGGAUCAAUAAAAAUGAGAGAAUACUGAAUGAAUCUGUAUGAAUAAAGAGGAAACAUUUUAUAAUAAGCAGUAUAAACUUGAAGGUAGAGACCACCCUCCCUCUUUACACACACACACACACACACACACACACACACACACACACACACACACACACACACACACACACACACACACACACACACACACACACACACACACAGUUUGGCUACUGGUUCAGUUACACAGAAAAUCCAGACCCAAAGUGAUGCUUGAUUCCGUUUCUUAUUGUUGGUUUAGAUGCGAGAAUGAGCCGCUGAGUGCGGCACAGAAUGCCAUUGAGCAAUAAAGGAUUAUCAUGUAUGUUUCUGCCUGAGAUUCAAUAAAAACUUAAAACCUAGUUCACAGACA